CGUUUCCUCCGCAGCACAGAAAUAGAUCAAACUAUUCCAGCAAGAAUGGGAGUGGCGGCUUUCAUGGCUCUGCUGCUGUCUAUGUGCCUCUCCGUGAGAGGCAGCGAGCUUCACCCCUUGGUUGUGAUACCUGGAAGCGGAGGCAACCAGCUGGAGGCCCGGCUAACUGAAGCCUACAAGCCCUCCAACCUUGUUUGCUGCCUCUCGGCAGUCGAAAGGAGGAUAGAGGGAUGGUUCAGGCUAUGGUUCGACCCAACUGUAUUGGUGGCCCCUCUCACCCGGUGCUUCGCCGAGAGGAUGACACUCUACUACCAUGGCGACAUCGACGACUACCGGAACGCCCCCGGCGUCGAGACCCGAGUCCCAUACUUCGGUUCUACUCAGGGGCUUCUCUACCUUGACCCUAAUCUUAAGUUUAUCACCAACUACAUGGCCACUCUGGUAGACUCACUGGAAGAAAUCGGCUAUGAAGAUGGUCACAACCUCUUCGGCGCCCCCUAUGACUUCCGCUAUGGCCUCUCUGCCGAAGGCCACCCCAGCCAAGUGGGUACUCAAUACCUCCAGGACCUCAGGCAACUCAUCGAAGCAGCUAGUGCCGCCAACGGCGGCAAGCCUGUCAUCCUCCUCUCCCACAGCCUCGGUGGCCUCUUUGCCCUCCAACUCCUCGUUCGCAACCCCUUAACAUGGCGUCGGAAAUACAUCAAACACCUGGUCACACUCUCCGCACCAUGGGCUGGCACGGUUCAAGAGAUGCUCACCUUCGCAUCGGGAUACACCCUCGGCAUCCCCAUCGUUGACCCAUUGUUGGUUCGAGACGAGCAGAGGAGCUCGGAGAGCAAUCUAUGGCUUCUACCUUCGCCCACAGUGUUCGGUAAGAAGCCACUUGUCAUGGCCCAAAACAAAACUUAUUCAGCAUACGAUAUACCACAGUUUCUCAAGGAUAUCGGAUAUAAUGAAGGGGUUAUUCCGUAUAACACGAGGAUAUUACCGAUGACCGAGAGAUUGAUGGAGGCCGGUGUGCCGGUGACUUGUAUGGUUGGAACCGGGAUCGAGACGCCAGAAGUGUUGUUCUAUGGAACGGAGGGGUUUGACGUGCAACCCGAGAUGGUAUAUGGGGAUGGAGAUGGGACUGUGAAUAUGGUAAGCUUGUUGGCACUUGAGUCAGAGUGGGCGGACUCGGCGAGACAGGUCCUGAAGGUGAUUAAAUUGCCAGGGGUGUCGCACGCAUCCAUUUUAAAAGAUGGUGCAGCUUUGAAGGAGAUUAUUGGAGAGAUUCGUGGUAUUAACUCCGUUAGUCUGAGCUCUGUGCUCUAGAGAUCUGCUGUUUUUGUUGUCUGAAGCGGUCAAACCAGACAAGUAUCCGGGUCAUGCACCGGGCCAAAUUGGGCCUUGUAAGGUUCGCGUCCUGGGCUUGGAUUUAGAUCUUGGAGAACAGAGCCUUCCUACAGCUAGCAAGGCCAUGUUGGUGAUGCACUAUCUUGGUUGCAAAUGCCUGGUGUACUGUUUCAAAUUUCUGUACUUAAGAAAAAGAAAGAAAGUUCAGAUUUACUAA